AUGGAAGAUAUGGAUUUUCAGAUGUAUCUAGUCGCAACGGGCAUAACUGACAAGAAACGACAACGUGCAUUGCUUUUGUGUCAAGCUGGCGCGCGGGUUCGUGAAAUAUUUCGCCAGCUCUCGGACACUGGGGAUGAUUUGGAAACAGCAGUGGCAAAGUUGAACGAAUACUUUGAACACCAAAAGCAUCGCCUUUAUGAGGUAUACAAAUUUCGCCAAGCCGCUCAAGAGAACAAUGAAUCAAUUGAUCAAUACCAAACUCGGUUGCGAAGCCUAGCCGAACGAUGCCAGUUUGAGAAUAUGGACUUUGAAAUUAUGCUACAAAUUGUCCUAAAAGGUCAAAAGGAUCAUCAAGCCGACUUCGAAAGCAAGCGUUACGGGACCCUAAAAUGA